CUUGUUGCGAUGGAUCGGCCAAAGUAUAAGUUUCCUUAUGAUAUAUACGAUGUCGUUGGGGCUACCAAUGCGGAGCUUUUGCAAUAUUUUCACGGUGAACGCGAUGGUUUUGUGCAGGUUGGACCUGAACGUUACUUUUUUCCCGGCAAAUAUAGAGCUGAGGCGGAAAAUUAUUACAACUUUGAGGCGAGGCCCGACGAUAUCUGGAUAGUUACCGUGCCACGUUCGGGCACUACUUGGACUCAGGAGCUCAUCUGGCUUGUGGCCAACGAUUUGAACUUCGAGCAGGCCAAGCAUCGUCCGUUAACCGAACGUUUUCCAUUUUUCGAAUUUCCACUGUUCAUGCAUGCUGCUGUCAAGGCUGAGCUUUUGGCAGAAAACAAACAGUCCACAUUUGCUCAGGAAUUUAUUGAGCAAAUCUCUAGACCCGGUUACCAGACCCUAGCCGAGCUGCCACACAAUCAGCGUCGUUUCAUCAAAACCCAUUUCCCGUUCUCACUGUUGCCACCAAGUGUAAUGGAAAAUAAGUGCAAGAUCAUUUACGUCGCACGCAAUCCCAAGGAUGUGGCUGUCUCGUAUUAUCAUCUCAAUCGUCUGUUUCGCACGCAGGGCUAUGUGGGGGAUUUUGAGCGCUAUUGGCGUUACUUUCAGCAUGGCCUAAAUCCCUGGCUGCCCUAUUAUAGUCACAUACGGGAGGCGGACGAGCACAGGAAACUGUCCAAUGUCCUCUUCCUUAACUACGAGGACAUGCUGCUGAACCUGUCGGGUGCUGUAAAUGGAAUCGCAAACUUUCUCAAUUGCGAGCUCAGUGCAGCGGGUCUGGAACAGCUUUUGGAUCAUCUGAGCAUAGAAAACUUUCGCGAAAAUAAGUCCGUCAAUAUGCACGAAAUGGCCGCCGUUGGGAUCCUCAAGAAGGGCGAGGCCGGUUUUGUGCGCAGCGGUGGUGGCAGUGGCAACAAGGAUCACAAGGACAUCCCCGACAGGCAGAACGGCGAUCAGAAGGAGUUCAUUAAAGACCCCAAGCUACUAGCCAGUGCCAAUGAAUGGGUUCGACAAAACUCAACAUUUAUUAAAACCAUAUAGACAUGCGAAAUCAAAUACUAAUUACUUCAGUUAUAGAGAAAUCCAAAAUAUCUGAAUAAACAAUUUUAAGCGA